AUGGAGAAGCUUUAUUCUCUUCAUCUUGCUCCCUGGGUACCAGUUGUGGGUCUGGAAAUUCAUGCGCAAAUUAGUUCAAAUUCAAAACUCUUUUCUGGUUCCCAAGUCCAGUUUGCAGCACCUCCUAACUCCUUGGUAUCUUUCUUUGAUGCUUCUUUACCAGGAACCUUACCAGUUCUCAACAGGAGAUGUGUAGAAGCAGCAGUGAUGACAGGCCUGGCACUCAACUGCAGCAUAAACAAGAAGUCCUUGUUUGACAGAAAACACUAUUUCUAUGCAGAUCUGCCUGCUGGCUAUCAAAUCACUCAGCAAAGAGUUCCUAUUGCAGUGAAUGGGAGUCUGUCGUACAGUCUCUGCGUGGACAACAAAAUGAGCCAGAUGGUGACCAAAACUGUGAGGAUUAAGCAAAUCCAAUUGGAGCAAGACAGUGGAAAGAGUCUCCAUGAUGACGCAAGGAGCCAGACUCUCAUUGACCUGAAUAGGGCUGGAGUCGGCCUCAUGGAGGUUGUCAUGGAGCCUGAUAUGUGCUGUGGGGAAGAAGCAGCUGCAGCAGUCAGAGAGCUUCAGCUUAUUCUUCAAACACUUGGGAGCAGCCAAGCAAUCAUGGCAGAGGGUCAGCUGAGAGUGGAUGCCAAUGUUUCUGUGCAUCACCCCGGAGAGCCUUAUGGAGUGAGGACUGAAGUGAAGAAUAUCAAUAGCAUGCGAUUCCUGGCAAAAGCAGUAGACUAUGAAAUACAGAGGCAGAUUGAAGAACUUGAAAAUGGAGGGACAAUUCUGAAUGAAACAAGAGCCUUUGAUUCCAAGCUUGGGUGCACUAUACCAAUGAGAGAUAAAGAAGGGAAACAGGAUUAUAGGUUCAUGCCGGAGCCAAAUCUUCCUCCAUUGAUUCUGUAUGAUGCCAGAUCUUUGCCAGUUGAUAUGAACCAUCAGCAAGUAGUAAAUAUUGAUUGGAUUCGAGAGAGACUUCCUGACCUCCCCAGUGUGACGAGAGCAAAGCUUGUUGAACUGUAUGGGAUUCUUCCUGAACACAGCUUCACCUUAUUGAAUGAAGACGGAUUAGCAGAAUACUUUGAAAAUGUAAUAAAAAAGACGCAGAUGAAGCCAAAGAAAGUGAUCGGCUGGAUUCUAAAUGACCUACUCAGUUACUUAAAACAGCAUGCCCUUACAGUGAAGGAAAGCCCCGUCAGUUCUUUUCUCCUGGCGGACCUUCUGAACCUUCUAGAAAAAAGAGAAAUUUCUUCUUCAGCAGCCAAACAAGUGCUUGAGGAAUUGUGGAAGGGGGAAGGGAAGACCCCUCUUGAAAUUGUUAAAGAAAAGAAACUUGAACUGAUCCAGGAUCAAAAAGAGCUUGAACAAAUCUGCCAGGCGGUGAUUGAUGGACAAGAAGAUGAGGUUAUGGCAAUAAAAGCAGGAAACCUAAAAGUUCUAAAUAAGUUAAUUGGACUGGUUCAGAGAGCAACACGAGGACGAUCCAAUCCUGUUCUGGUGAAGCAAAUACUGGAGAAGAAGCUGUCAGAAUAACAGUACAAAAUAACUGCACAAAUACCUACAGAAGGUGCCAUUUGCUUCAUUCUGUUUAGUUCGGUUCUGUUCACUGCAAAUCAGCUUUGGUGACUUAGCUUGAAAGAGGAUUAUUUUUCCCACAUUGGUUACUCUUCAGAGAGCAUCAGGUUCUAGUCUUCCUUGGAUGCAUCAGCCAAAGGCAGGACAAAAAUCAAGAAGCAUUUGCAGCAGAAGACGAUACAGCCGGUCAUUUCCAUCUCCGCUUUGGUGGGAUGUUCAAAAAUGCCAUUUCCACGUAAGUAAGUGGGGG